UGUCGAAUAUUUUCGACUUUUGACUUUCAAACUGAAAACGACCGCCAUAAGUGGAGGUCUGCGAACGUCGAAGCAAAUAGUAUCUUUCAUCGUCACGCGUAAAACAAAAUACCUAGGAAGCUAUCAUUGCAGUGCUAGAGUGAAACUUUCCAAGUUAACUGGACAAACCAGCAGUUGUUAAUUAUUGUAUCAGAAGAUACAUUGCCAAAUCACUGAUUUGCGAAAUUGUGAAUAGUGGACACCCAACAACGGUGAUUGGACCGAGAAUGUUCUCAACCAAGAAAGAUAUUGAUCGACACGUAAAAACGUCGCUUGCCAAACUACCAGAGAAUGAGAAAUAUCUACGUGGAUUGGUAAUCGCACGUCCAUAUUUCAAGCUGGGCGAGUAUGCCAGUGCCGAGCAUUGGUUAUCCUGUUAUCUUUCGGUACAGGAAAACAGCGCACAGGCACAUAAACUGUUAGGUCAGUGCUACGAAAAACAAAAGAAAAUUGAUCGAGCCAUUACGUCCUAUCAACGCUCGCUGCAGCUCGAUUCGAAGCAAACUGGUCUCAUCACAGAUGUCUGUAAGCUCCUAUUGUCGGAUGAUAAUUUCAGUAAGAACUUGUCAAAAGCAAAGCACUGGUGCGAUUUAGCUGAAUCCGAACGUAUCAAUCACGAGGCCGUACUGAACUUGAAGCUUAAAGUUGCCGACAAGGAUACAGUCACCGAUAACAAACUGGUAAAGGAUAUUAUUCUGAAAGAAAUAAUAGCACGCCCAAUGGAUCCCGGAUUGAGAAUAAGGCUAGUGAAACAUUUCAUCGACGAGAAGAAAGUAGACGACGCGUUCAAGUAUUGUAUCGAUAUUGAAAUGAAGUUCAUAGAAACGUUCCAGCAAUCGAUCGAGUGGACAAAUGUCGUUUCCUCAGUGCUAAUAAAAUACGCCGAAGUUAAUGCAAAUCUCACGAACUGGAACUAUUGGCUUCUCUCCGUGAUGAUGCUAGAUCGACAAAUAUAUCUGAACCUACUUGCCGAUUCAUCGUUGCAAACAAUUAAGCAAAAUAACAUCAAAGAAAUAGCAGCGCUUGUUUUGGAAUUUGACCAGUUACUGCAUAAAUUUGCAAAUAAGGGACGGAAUGCUUGUCCGCACAAGCAACUUGCAGAGGAAUAUCUCCGACACUAUCGCGGUCAACUGAUGCUCAAUUCCGCUUCACUUCUGUUGAAAAAUGAGAAACAAGGCGGAAAGAUACGAGAUGUUACAGCAAAAUGCUUACCGCUUUUGUUUUUGGCAUAUCAAUGUGGAGUUCCAGAUGCGGAUGAGCCAUGGUUAAAGCAUACCAAUGACAGUACUCGACAACUAUUGUCCUACUGGAGCAAACAGGCCGCUUUUCGAUGUUACCAGGCUGCUAAUACAAUUUUGUCAUGUUUAGAUGAAAGCGUGGAUGCGUCAGUGAUUGCUCAAAUACAGAGCGUUACGGCAAGCAAAAUAUGGAACACAGCUGAUGAUUUGGUCAAUCAGGUCCGUCAAUUCUGCUCGGAUGUAAACUGGAAAAAUAAUAUUUUUCGCUCCAUACACAGCAGCAACGGUGAACAAACUUCAAAGAUGUCCGCAUCGUAUUUUAUGCAGAAUGCUUCUAUCGGCGAACCGCUAUAUGUAUUGCCUAAAUGGGAACACGUGCAGAUGUAUCUGGAGAUGUGUCAACAUCUUUUUCCAUCAUCCCUCUCUUACCAGGUUUACUUAGGUCUGGGAGUGGAUGACUUGUCUGAGCUCAAAUGCAAAUCAUUUAACGGAUUGAACUUCUCCACUAACAAUUUGGACAAUUCAAGCAUCGAAACGCUCAAUCAACUCGACGUGGAUUCAUUCCUGUACUGUUCAGUCAUAGUCGCCAAAAGUUGUCUCGAUAACGAGAAGAAAUAUCAUGAUAAGAUGGACACAGGAAAACCGUUAAUUUUGCCGGCCCCAAAUAUGAUUUCAACACUGUGCGAUGAGGACAAAAUUGACUGGUGGAAUGCGGCAUGUGCGGUUUUUAAGAACACUCAAAAAGAAAACUUUUCUUCAGAUAAACAGCUGCUCCAGCAUGGUAUACAGGCGGUACGUGGGACGGGAACUGCAAUUACCGAUGUGAUUGUGUUGCUCAAAUUAGGUAAAAUUCUUGCUAAGCGAGCAAAUACAGCUGUUCUUCCCGAGGAACGACGGCAGUUGGAACUUAGAACGGAAGCCGUUUAUAAAGCAGGAGUGUUGUUAUGGAAAAUUCGCAACGAGACAUCAUUCGGUAGUUCGAAUGUAUUUUUCAAGUAUGGCGUUGAUUCCUAUAUGUGUAGUCAGGAAACUGUGAAACUCGCGGAGGAAGCUCUAACGCACCUCGCUGGAUUCUAUUUUAAACACGGGCGAUAUGAAGAGUUCACCCAGGAUUUUGGAGGUAUCCCGCUACCAUUUGCAGCGUAUUUCCGAGCGGAGGCGUUCAAAAAGUUGGACGAAUCAAACAAAACACCGCUGAAAAGUAAAAAGUUUUACAGUGAAAGAGCUCGAGAGUGCAUCAAACAGACGCAAAAAUAUCUAGAACUACCUUAUAUAGAGAAAAACCACCCACUGCACUAUGUGGUACACAGUGAAAUAAAACGAUCGCAGCUUAACGAGUCAAUGAACGAUAGUUUCAACACAUCAUUGAAUGGUUUCGGGACUGCAGCAGCUGACGAUAGUGACCACUUUCAAUCGUUUAGUUCAUCAACGAACGCCGGAGUGAAUCGAACAGAGAGGGAAUUGGUGCAUUUUACCGCCAAAACUAACGAACUUGAGGCUCUGAUCCGCAGAAUGAUGGAUACAUUAAAUCUGGUUAAAGACGAUGUACUUGGUAUUAGAACUGACGUUGGUGAUAUUCAGGAGAGGUUGACUAAAAUCGAGGAUAACAUACACAAGAAACCGGUAGAAGAUGAAGCCACGACGGCAGCUUCGGUACUGAAUGAUUUGUAUAUUUUGGACGAACUUCAGAACCCAUAUGGAAAUCAAUCGUCUUAUAAUCACCCAAUCAUUCAACAGCAGCUAACGCCGAAUCUUCCACCAGGCCACGCUCGUAUGUCUUCACAUACAGCGGCUGCUGCAGCUGCUGCAGUGGCCAUGCAACAGCCAAAUCCUUAUCAACAGUUUUACAACACAUCUUACCCAAUGUACAUGCAACAAUACGCACAACAAGGACGCCCACCGAUUGGAAAUAUCGCUUCCCCUAUGCAUUCCUAUCAUCAGGAUAACAACCUACUUGUAUCUGCAUCACCAGCAACUUAUUAUCAGCAACAGCCGCAGCAGACCCUUCAACAAUCUUCGACUUCUCACCAUCAGCAAGGAUCAAUAACUGCUACCAAAAAUGGAACACCCAUCGAACAAGCCUUGCAAACACCGACCCUCUUAAAUACUUGGAAUUCUACCUAUAAUUAUAAUAUUCCAGCAACUUCUGUUACUUCGGUUCCGGCACCGAUACAUGUUCCUGCUGCAAAUCCGGUAUCAGUGUCCGCUCCUGUUGCGUAUCCGAUAGCUCCAAUAGCAUCAGUCUCAACAAUCGCUUCUGGCCAAUUGGACAAAGCACCUCCUGUGAACGUGGUGAUUACUAAUUCUGAUCCGCUUCCAACUAACAUCUCAGUUAGUAUCACUCAACCUACGUACAGUGUGACGAUUCCACCACAACACAUUAAACACAGUAUGGUAGGCAACACUCCUUCUGUAUCGACUGUAGCCCCACCAGUGGUUCCCAGCUCUGAAAAUGUCUCACUCGUCAACCAACAAGCAAUAAACACCAAAUUCCCAAUCCCAGCCCCAAAACCAACCGUCCCAAUGAUGUCGUUCGGUACGUUCAAUCAAAGCACUGGAACCACGAUGAAUGACGCCGAAGACGAUGACGAGGACGACACGGCAAACGUGUCCGGAGAGUAUGACCCGCGUCCUGAUUUCAAGCCAAUCAUCGCUUUACCCGAUGAGAUUGAAGUGAAAACUGGCGAGGAAAACGAAGAGCAGGUAUUCUGUGGGCGUUCAAAACUACUUCGGUUUGUGGAUAAAGAAUGGAAAGAGCGGGGAUUGGGUGAUUUAAAAAUUCUCAAAAGCAAAGCCGAUCCAAGCAAGUAUAGAAUCGUUAUGCGACGAGAACAAGUUCAUAAGGUGGCUGCCAAUCAUUCGAUAACUCCAGAGUUGAUCAUCAAACCCAUGGAAAAGAACAACAAAUGCUACACCUGGGCAGCAAUGGAUUUCGCUGAUGAGGAACCAAAGAAAGAAACUUUCUGCGCUCGAUUCGCCACUCCGGAACUGGCAAAAGAUUUCUUUGAUAAGUUCAAUGAAGCAAAGAAUGAAGUCAUGCGUUUGAAAAAGCAGAAAGAAACUCUGGGCACUCCUAAUGUUUCCAAGACAGAGAUUAACAAAUUACCAGCGAAAUCUGGUUUCUCCGCGAGCACUCCUAAUGUCGGUAGCACUGAGGUGAACCCCGUCAGUGUAUCACCGUUUGGGUCGAGUGUAACCAAACCUAUUUUCGGUACAGCUCCUUCAGGCAUUAUUAUCUCCAGCACAGCUACCACCACUACACCAACAUCAUCCUUCCAAGGAUUUUCAUUCGCUAAUAAUUUUGCUUCGAAAAUUCCGACACCUGCAGCUACAGUCGAAGAGAAGCCAAAGGAACCAGCAAAGCCAAGCCCGUUCGCUUCGUUCAGCUUUGGUGGAAUAAAACCAACCACGACACCAACGGCCGACGAUUCGUCCGGAAAUAAAUCGUUUACUGAUAUUUUCAGCAGCCUAAACAAACUGUCUACACCAACAGCUCCAACAGCACCAAUAACCGCUACCAAAACUCCAGAUAAGAAUUUAAAUACUUCCGCCAAUGAUGAUUCAGUCGAUGAAUUCGUGCCAACUGUGGACUUUAAGCCGGUCAUUCCUUUACCAGAUGUGGUUGAAGUUAAAACUGGCGAAGAAGGCUUCGAUUGUGUAUAUGAGCAUCGCGCAAAAAUGUUCCGCAUGGAUAAGACUGCGAAGGAAUGGAAGGAACGUGGCAUUGGUAAUAUUCGAGUGUUGGUAAACAAGGACGAUAAUAACAUCGCACGGUUGUUGAUGAGACGCGAGCAGGUUUUGAAAUUGUGUUGUAAUCAAUUGAUUACAAAAGAUAUGAAGUUCACACCAACUGACAAAAACAACUCUCUAACAUGGGUGGGUCAUGAUUAUUCUGAAGGUGAGCUGGUCAUUGAAACCUUCGCUAUUCGAUUCAAGACCGUAGAUAUUCGAAAUGAUUUCCAUGAUAUUAUCAAAAAAAUUCAAGCCGCUAUGAAAGAAAAGACCGACCUCAGGGAGGAAAAGAAAACAGUCAAAAAAGACGAUGCAAAAGGAUUUGGUGAUAUGUUUAAACCGAAGGCUGGGGCAUGGAAUUGUGAAGCUUGCUAUGUUAGCAACAAGGCAGGCGAUAUAUAUUGUAUGGCAUGCGGUGGUCCUAAAGAUUCGACAGUUCCCAAAAAGGAGGCUAAUCUUUUGGAUAGUCUGGCGAAAACAACUACCAAGUUCACUUUUGGAAUGCCAACAUCUGAGUCGCCGAAACCCGCGUUUGGUAUGGUAGCGGCUGCCAAUGUUCAAAAAUCAGCUGAAAUUGGCAAAAAAGAAGAAGUCAAAGGAUUUGGAGAACAGUUCAAACCCAAGGUGGGUACGUGGGUUUGUAGCGGAUGUUAUGUCAAUAACAAGGGUGAAGACUUGUACUGCUUGGCUUGUGAAACCCCAAAAGAUUCGACAGUUCCCAAGAAAGACAAUAAAGGAGUUCUAGGAAGUGAAACAUCAAAGUUCAAUUUUACAUCAGGUGGUGGGUUUUCUUUUGGUACCACUGCGUCGGCGAACAAUCUUUCUACAGAUGCGAAAGGCUUAAGCUUCGGAUCAACUGUUCCAGCUUCUGUCAGUACUACAACUACCGCGGCGUCUGGAGGAUUUAAGUUUGGAAUGAAUACGGUAGCUGCCGCGGUCACUACUAUUGCUACUUCCACCACCAGUAACACGACUGGAACUCCAGGGUUCAGUUUCGGUUCAAGUGUGGGAUCUGGCUUUUCGUUCGGAUCUGUCACAAAUAAACCGAUUGUAACCCCUGCUGCAACUGUAGCUGCAACGGUUUCCGCUCCUCCCGCUUCGAGCUUCAAAUUUGAACUGCCAAAACCAACGAUGUCAUUUGGGUCCAAUUUGAACAAAUCUUCAGAUGAAAAACCUGCUACUCCCAGCAAGCCAUCAGCUCCCGAAAAAUCGACAUUCGAAUUUGUCUUCAAACCUAAAUCUCCCGGUAAACCCAAAAGUCCGGGACGAACGUUGAGCACUGGUUCCGUCAGUGAGGAAGGUGAUGAUGGAGAAGAAUGCGGAGAGGAAGAAAACAAUACAUAUUUUACACCAGUAAUUCCUCUACCAGAUAAGAUUGAAGCAAAAACCGGGGAAGAAGAAGAGAACGUUCUGUAUUCGCACAGGGCAAAACUGUUCCGGUUUGUAGACAAAGAAUGGAAAGAACGUGGCAUCGGAGAUGUAAAAAUUCUUAAACACAAGAACACUGGCAAAUUAAGAGUUGUUAUGCGUCGUGAUCAGGUAUUGAAGAUUUGUUUGAAUCACGUUCUGGAUGCGGAUGUUAAAUACCAAAAAAAAGAUGAUAAAUCAUGGCAAUUCGUGACGAAUGAUUUCUCUGAAGGUGUUUUUGAAACGAUGAACUUUUCGCUUCGCUUCAAAACUCCAGAAAUUGCAAGCGAAUUCAAAGAAGCUAUCGACCGAGCUCGGAGUGAAGACUCGACAGGGACUCCUACAGCUACAGCAACAUCUAACAAACUCGAUACCACUCUUGACUCUACAAUAUCGACUCCAAACAGCAAUUUCAACUACUCGCAGCUUAGUGAUAUAUCGCUGGACGACAAAGAGCUUAUCGUUAAGCUGAAACUACCGAGAGAUUUUUACGAAAGAAAGCAACCAUGUGAUGGAUGUCGCGGAUGUGACCCAGACAGAUUCGUCUUUCCCAGCUACGACAGUGCGGUGAACAAAGAUCUCGUCGAUAACGCACCGCUGCCCGUUAAUGUAAGCGACGUGAAGCAGGUUCCCGUGACAGCAAAAUUGACGAAAUCUCCUAAGAAGGUUAGCUUUACGGCAGAAAGUGAAAAGCAAACAGUGGAUAAUCUUUUCAGUUCCGUCUCUGCACCGAAAGUACUCGCUGAAAGCAAAACAUCCUUCAAUAUUGGCAAUUUUAUGGCUGCCGAAAAACAAUCUUCAGCGUCAACCAUGUUCGGUAGUUUCCCUAAAUCAGUCGAGCAGAGCACGCCGAAGACAGUUUUCGGAGGUUUUGGUUCAACCGUCGGUUCAGCAUCACCAGCAACCGGAUCAAUAUUCUCAUCCUCACUCAACACGACGCCUAAAACUGCACUCGUGCCUCAUCAAACUACACCUGACACAUCCCAAUCACCACUAUUGCAGCCUUCUUUGUUUGGACCCGCUUCUUCAAGUCUGAACAAAUCUGCGGAAGGAGUGAAGCUAUUCGGAUCCGGUUUCGGUCAAACCGCUGCUAGUCCAAAUAUUUUCGGAGGAACACCAACUGCAACCUCGGUAAAAGUGGAAACAAUUCCUGCUAGUGGCGCAUCAGUAUUUGGAUCUGCUGCUACCACUGGUCUUUUUAGUGGCUUCGGAAGUACUGCUUCGCCAAUUUCUUUUGGGUCUGUUGCGAUCGGGGGUGAUAUAUCAGGAUCUACGGUGAAGGAUGACAAGUCGAGUAAGCUUGAACCGGAUUUGCUCAAAAAGAUGGAAACUGGAAUGAGUUUCGCGUCACUGGCAUCAGGAGAUUCUGGAAGCUUCUUAACGAAGCAAAACGCACCCAACAGUGGCUUCGUAGGCCUCACUGUAAAGGAAGACAUAUUUUCGCGUUUGUCGAAUCAGAAUAAAAAUGAUAACAAUACCAGUAGCGAAAAUCCCAACAACGGAGAAGAAGUGGGCACUGAUGAGAAUUACGAUCCUCACUAUGAACCAAUUAUUCAGUUACCCGAUGAAAUCGUAGUGCGAACGGGAGAGGAGGAAGAAACAAAACUGUUCGGUGAUCGAGUGAAGUUAUUCAGAUACGACUCUGAUACGAAAGAGUGGAAGGAACGAGGUGUUGGCGAGUUGAAAAUACUAUAUCAUCCUGGACGCAAUACGUAUCGUCUGCUGAUGAGACGAGAGCAAAUUUUUAAAUUGGUACUUAACCAUGCAAUCACUGGUGACCUGAACAUUGCGCCAAUGAACAAUUCAGGCAAAGCGUUUGUUUGGGCUGCAAUGAACCAUGCCGAGGAAGGACCACAGCUGGAACAAUUAGCAGCACGUUUCAAGAAUGAAGACAUUGCCAGGAACUUUAAGUUAAUGCUCGAGCAAUGUCAAGAAAAAUUACGACAAAAAUCGGACUUGGAGCCAGACCAGGAUUAGUGAUAUAUUCCCCUGGACGUAAGUAAUCAACAAAAAACAAUGUAGUUAUAAUUUAAUGUGUAAUUAUUUGGUCACUUGAGCGCCUUAGGUUAAUACAUUUUGUUUUUUACAUG